AGAAAAAAGCCGGAAGUAAACAAGUCGUUCUGCGAAACUGUCUCGAGGUCCAGGAUGACUCAGGUGAGCCAUCAGCAGUGGGGAGAGGUGGUCGGGCUGGGCCGCGUGGACCUGUGGGUCCUCCAGUCCUGCCUGGUGCGCGUGGAGGUCCUGACCCUGGGCGCCAUCAUCAGGUCCGUGUGCAGCAGAGGGAGGGACGGGCGGAUGGAAGACGUAGUCCUGGGCUAUGAUGACCUGGAAGGUUACGUGUCAGACCAGCGGUACCUGGGGGCCGCGGUGGGCCGCGUGGCCAACAGGAUCGCACUGGGCCGCUUCGUGGUGGAGGGGAGAGAGCACAUCCUGGAUGUGAAUAAUGGACCCAAUGCACUGCAUGGGGGGCUGCGGGGCUUCAACAAGGCUCUCUGGCUCGCCGCAGCAGUGGACGGUGGCAUCCAGCUGAGUCUCACCAGUCCAGAUGGAGACCAGGGUUACCCUGGAGAGGUCCAGGUCUCGGUGUCCUACACCCUCCAGGGGGAAACGCUCACCACCGAAUACCGAGCCCGGUCUACCAAAACCACGCCCAUCAACCUCACCAACCACUCCUACUUCAACCUGGCGGGACAGGGGGAAGCAGAUAUCUACGACCAUCAAGUGUCCAUCACUGCUCAGUCCUUCCUGCCUGUAGAUGACACGUCGAUUCCAACAGGAGAGAUCAGACAAGUGGAAGGCACGCCCUUCGACCUCAGGAAGCCCGUUCUGAUUGGCUCCCGGCUGAAGGAACUCCAAGGUCCGGGGUUUGACCACAAUUUCUGUCUCUCGUCACCCGGAGACAACUGGGCCGAGAGACAUGCGGCCAGAGUGUGUCACCCGGCCAGUGGGCGUGUCCUGGAGGUUUCUACCAGCCAACCAGGCGUCCAGUUCUACACCGCCAACUUCCUGGACGGCUCUAUAACGGGAAAGGGCGGGGCCAAGUACGGGAAGCACAGCGCCUUCUGUCUGGAGACACAGAACUGGCCUGAUGCUGUCAACCAGGCUUCAUUUCCUGACUGUCUUCUGCGUCCUGGUGAGGAAUACCGCCACGUGACCCGCUUCACCUUCACCACCGUCUGAGGUGACCCACAGAACAGACCCACAGGAGGACAGACCCACAGAACAGACCCACAGGACAGACCCACAGGAGGACAGACCCACAGGACAGACCAAUAGGAGGACAGAGAUGUGAUAUAUUUUACUACACCAGUGCUAUGCUGUCUUUUGUAGUUGCAGUAGUCAUUAACACGAUGUUCCGAGUCCAAUCUGACCAAACUUUAAAGUGAAACUAAAAUAAAGAAGGAUCUGACUCACUCAA